AUGGUCUUGGCUCACGCGCUACAGGUCUCUGGCAUCGACUACGUCCUCGUUGAGCAGCGCUCCCAAAUUCCCCCUGAUCCUGCUUACGGGUUAUUUUUGUGGCCUCAUAUUAUGAGAAUCUUUCAUCAAUUAGGCAUUAUUGAAGCCGUCACAGCUGUCGCGCAGCCUAUGGUUGAAGCGGUUCAUAGAUCAAUUGACGGCAGUGUCAUUCAUCGCUCCAGAGGUUUUGAAGAGCUCGGCGCAUUAGGUGAUUUUGCCUCAGCGCUGAUGAGCAAGCUUGAAAACAAGGACCAACGCGUCAAGACAAACAAGCGCCUCACCAACGUCAUACACCGCGACAAUGGUGUAACAGUCGAAUUCGCAGACGGUACCACAGAAGAUGGAUCCAUCAUUAUUGGCUGCGACGGUGUCUGGAGUAGUGUCCGCGACCAAAUGAAAGCUAAGGCACCAAAAGGUCUUUUCGACGAGAACCCCAACCCAUUUCAAGCCCUCCACGCCGGCGUAUUCGCUAAAGCUCUCUGCCCCAAGGAACUCGAGCAUGGAAGAAAUAUCAAUGUGUACCAGGAAGGGUCUCACGUUCAGGUCUUUACUGGUCUGAAAGAAGCCCAGAUUAUUGUGUAUCAUCGCAUUCCGACUUCGAGAACGAAAACGUUCUUUGGGCAGAAUGACGCUGAAGAGGCGGCGAAGCCUUGGAUGGAUGUUCCGGUUGGAGAUGGAAUUACAUUCGGUGAUUUAUGGAGGAAUAAGAUUGCUGGAGGUAGUGCCAACUUUGAUGAGGGUGUUUUGCCAUGGUGGCAUUGGGGACGCAUGGUUCUUGUCGGUGAUGCUGCUCAUAAAAUGAACCCCAUCAGAGGUGCAGGAGCAUGCUGCGGCAUCGAAGACGCCAUCGCCUUGAUCAAUGGCCUCAGUCGGCUCCUUCACUCAGACGCCAACCCAUCAGACCGCAAGCUCCGUCAAGCUUUCCUCGCAUAUCAGUACGAGCGAGAAGCUGCCGCGAAGCUAUGGAAUGACAUUUCAGCACUGAACCUGGAGCUCUGCAUCGGUGCUAAUCAGCCUGCACUAAAAGCUCAAGGCGUUGCUGAUUACAGAACUAUUCCUCUCGUUGCUGACGGACCUAUCUUGCAGAACAUUCCGUUUGACGAGAAGAAGGGUUUCGUGCCAUGGACGAGAAAGAUUCGCAAGUUUAGUGAUAAGCCUAAAGCGCGCCUGUAG